CCAUGAAUUUAAGUUGAAUAGAUUGAGCCAUCUCGAAAAAGUCUACAACAAAGUUGGCAAUAUCAUUAGUAGAAAGUCAUGUGAUAAGGUAUAAAAAUAGCAAUGGACCCUCUCAGUACUCUCACGUAAAUUAAAAUUUCGUCAAUGACAGACAGAUUUUCGCACAUGCUCCACAUCGAAGGAAUCUAUCAGCUCUGCUUAGAAACUGACGAUACACAUAAAUUUAAUCUUUUAUCUUCUUAAACAAAUUGAUUCAAGAGAAAAUGUCCAACUACGGUACCCUCAAAGAAUACAGAGAUGAUCCGUCUUACAGGGAUUAUCGAGAUGAUGAUGUUAUAAAUUUAACUGAACAAAUUAGAAGUAACAUAUUUAAGAUAAACAAUGGUGCAAAUGCCUUGGAACGUGCCAUGAAAAAUAUUGGAUCCGAAAGGGAUAGUGAUCAGCUGAGGGAUAAAAUCCAUGAAACUUCUCAAACUACAAAUAAAAUUGUUCAGAAUACCACACAACUUCUCAGAACAUCGUCAACUAAAAAAGCAGACAAGCAACAAAAAAUUCAGCUUGAUUUAUUAAGAAGUAAUUUUCAAGAUGCAGUUGAAAGAUUUCAGGCUUCACAAAAGAAAGCAGCUGUCAAAGUCAAAACUGCUAUGACAUUAGGUGCUCCCACCAGAAAGCCUUUGGUUUCAAUAAAUGAAGAUUACAGCCGGACAGCAAGUGAAGAAAGUCUGCAGCGCACCCAAGUCUUGAAAGAACAACAAGUUGUCAUUGAAGAUGAUCUAACUUUGAUUAGAGAAAGAGAGGAGCGUAUUAGACAAUUAGAGGCUGACAUUUUAGAUGUGAAUGAAAUUUUUAGAGAUUUAGGAGCAUUGGUGAAUGCACAAGGAGAAGUUUUGGACACAAUUGAUAACAAUGUAGAGAGAGCAUUUGUAAAUGUGGAGUCUGGACGGGAUCAAUUGAUAAAGGCAGCUGAUUAUCAGAGAAAGUCCAGGAAGAAGAUGUGUUGUUUGCUUGUUAUACUCCUGGUUAUAGCCAUUAUAGUCACCAUUAUAGUUGUAGUUAGUGUCAAGAGCUAAUUUUUCUUUUCUUGAGAAGCUAACAAGCAAACUCCUUGUUUUUUUUUUAUUUCCUUGUGAUAUGUUGUACAAAGUGUUGGCGGGAAUGUAGAUAUCAUUCUAAGAGAACAAUGUCAUUCCUCACAGAUUUGGUAUUUCACACUUAUCUUUUUUUUUUUAAUUCUUAGUUUUUUAAUAAUUUUUUUUUUUAGCUAUGAGUUAGACUUUUUUUUUAUGUUUGUCUAUUUUUUUUAAACAUUUAAUUGUACCUUUUCAAAAAUGUAUGUCAACAAACCAAUGAACAGUUGUUGUACAAAAUAUGUCCAAUUUUUAUUAGUGGUUUGUCAUAGAGUUUUAUUUUUAUAAUUAAUCUGAUUGGGAAUUCAAUAUUUUUUUAGUUCAAUUCUGCUGUAAAUAAACCUAACAAUAAUAACGUCUAUUUGAAUGUAAUUGUAACAAAUGUAAAUUCAUUCAAAGGUUUCUUGAAUUUCGGCCUAUUCAAUCAUUUAUACUUUAAUUACCAAGUUAGUGUUUUUAUACUUAUUUUAUAAAUAUAUAAAACAUAAAAUUAAAUUUUACCAUAACAAUAUAAAUUGUCUUUAAUGUUUUACCUUCAUUAGUGAGUGUUCCUUUUAGUAAACCCUUUGGCACAACAUUUUGCUGAUGUGCCAAAACCCCAAAAUAUCAGUAAACCCUUGAAUAAGGAUCCUAGGCAAUUAUAAAAUAUCAUACAACUCCUCUCUGGCAAACUCCUGCAGCCUCCUGACCCCUAAUAGCGAUGGCUUCAAGCCAUCCCUUUGGACCCGGUCAUUUGGAAGAGAGGUGAGUGGGCAGCCCAGCACUCGUAAAUUUACUGCCCAGGCUUUCCCCCAGCAAUGGAGAGGUCACUCCAUCUGAGCAGAGAUGCCUACAUGCCAAAGGGGAAAUGUGUACUCCCAGACCUGGAAAUAUGUAUUUUGUGGGGCAAAAGUGUAUUUUCCUAAAUAUAAAGAAAUAUACUCAGGUAAGACUAAAAAUCAUUGAAGCAUGUAACAUACAUGAAAUGCGGCAAUGCUAGUUAACACAGCUUAGGUUAUAUGAGACAUUUUGUACAUUUGUCAAAAUAUUAAUACUUUUAGUCUUGGUCAUAAAUUUUCUAGAAUAUGUUAGAAGGAUGCUGUUCUUUUCACUUGGCAAUGAUUUUAUGAUCAUAAUGCCUCUAGAGUAUUCCACAUUCUAUAAUAGCGGCAACAGAAAAUGCAUUCAAAAGAAUGAGAAUUUUGUUACAAUGGAAAAUAGACUUAAACCAGAUGAAGGCCUAAUGGUUUACUUAGCUGGAUCAGUGACAUCUAAUUCUAUAAAAGUAGUUUUGUUUAUAGGCAAUUUCUUUACCAGAUAUGCAGACACUUUAAAUAUUUUAUUACAUUUUGAAAAAUUAAGAUUUUCUUCUUUCUGGCCAUUCUUUGCAGAGUUAGCAAUAGAAGCUAUGGCAUCCUCUACAAUAACUAAUAACAAACAUUUUAAAGAUUUUUUUUUCCGGCAGAUAAUCCUAAUUAGUCAUUAUUAAACUUGUUUUUAAUAUAGAAGUUGGUCUAUUGAGCUGUUGAAUAGCUGUUGCAAGAUAAAUCUAUUUAUAUUAUUCUGGUUCUGAUGCUGAAGUUGUUUUAUAAAACAAAGAGGUGUGUUGAAGAAGGGCGCAAGGAAUCAAAAAUUGAAUAUUAUUUGUCAGCAUAAUUAAAGCAUUUCUUUUGCAAACACA